CUCAUGAUGUCCAGGUACCUGAUGAAAAGCAUCAUACCUCUACUAUGUUAAUUUUUGGUUCCAAAGCAUGUCUACUUAAUUUCAUGAGGUUACUUUGAGUCAAGGAACAAUCACGCAUGGUGGGCCCGUCUUUCAGGCAUUCCACUAAACCUGAAUAAAAUCUCCCCGAGUCAAUUCAUUGCUCAAAACACCAGAUGAGACGGUAAAAAGAUAUGGCACACAUCCGGGGAGCGUGGAAUCUAGAAUUCAAAGUACAAGGAGGCCAGGCUUUGGGCCCUGGUGGAGGAGCAUCGCCUCGCAGAUGGCUGGACUGAACGAGCCUGAUAUCAGGGAUCGCCACCGCACAUCACUCAAACACAUAUCGCGGAAUCUGAAGGCGAUAUCCCUUUCGUUGGCCAUCCUCAAAUCAAAGUAUCUGUGGUCCAAGUUAUGCAACCUACCCGUCUCAGAAACUUAUGUCUACCCAGCUGGCCUGGGUGCGAUAUUUCUGUCGGGUUUGUGGUGGACUAUUUCCAGUCGUUCCUCCUCGACGUCAAUCAAAAACACGGACGAUGCCCUUGGUGCCGGACGGUCUUGUGAAAAGGCCAGUCGUCUUGCGGCCAGGAUAUUCGAAAGCAGUACAACCCACACUCGACUGUUUCCAACAAAACACUCGUUUUCUUAUUCUUAUUUACUCGUCGGUAUACCUGUCGGGUGUGGAGGUCGACCACUAUCCGCCGGUGGCGUACUUUCUUUAGGUCCUCCUCGGUCCAACAAUGGUGAUGGAGUCCCGUGGUUCUCAAUUCAUGCAGACGAUUACCUACAACGAGGACCGUAUGUUGGCGGUCUCCGUGGGAAACUCGACGAAUUCUUAGCAAGUCAAGACGUUCAACCGGAACGAUAUCCUUUUGCGUAUCUCGUCACGGCGCCCAGAUUCUUGGGGUUCUCAUUCAACCCAGUGUCCUUUUGGUACCUGUACGACGCCCACGGCCGACUGGGAGGAAUGAUCCUGGAAGUCAACAACACGUUCGACGAGAGGAGGAUGUAUUACCUGCCACGCAACAGCGACGGCGACGAAGGUACUACGUCGUCAAACCCCAAGUUCACAAAUCAUUGGGUAAAGGAUUUUCAUGUUUCUCCUUUCAAUGACCGAGAUGGCUCGUAUAUCUUGACAUGUACCGAUCCUUUCGACACUACAACUACUACACCUGCUGGUACAGGGAACACCGGUGUCGUCGAAAUCGAUAAUACUAUAGUCCUCAAUUCCGGGGAGGGUAAACCCAAGAUUGUGGCCCGAGUCUUUUCAACCUCCCCGGGGCUCGAUCCGAUACAAACGUCCCGUUUGCAAAAUCUUGGUUUUGUCGCAAGAUGGUGGUGGGUUGGGUUCAUGACGAACCCACGCAUCCUGCGAGAAGCAUGGACAUUGUGGGCGAAGAAGAAGUUACAAGUCUUUUAUAGACCCGAGGUUUUGCAAACUGGCAUCGGCCGCAACGAGACGGCCGAAGAAACGAUCCUCGAACCCUUCUUUCGUCGUCUACUGGAACGGGUGGCAUUGAAGUCGGGUCAGACGAUCACGUAUAUCCCCGCCGCUGGGAAAGGGCGAGGGAAACCGGUCCACCUCCUCACCGAGCGCGACAUUUCUAGAAACGCUCGUGUGUCAGAGUCAAAAGACAUCGAGGUCAAAGUUGUAACUCCAGCAUUCUAUACCGAAAUGGUUCGUGGAUCGGAUCUUACUCUUGAACAAUUAUUCGAGAGAUUUUGUUUCAAUCCUCAACAAGGACAGGCCAUGGUUUACGCAUCAGACAUCAACAGUUUUCGUCAAAUACUCGCAGACAUGGACAAACGGCACCGUCCCUCUUCUUCUUCUUCUUCUUCUUCUCCUUCUCCUGCCCUAUCAGUGCCUGAGAAUUGGCUCGCUCGUGUAAACAGACACCUCCGGACGGGAUGCAGCUUUUUCUUUGUGGUUGGGGAAGUUUUACAAAAUCUCAUCACGUUCUCUUCUCGGUCGUUGUCUGCAGCACUACCACCAGGCGAAGAACGUGCCUCAUCACAAGGUCUUGAUGUGUUCAUUCGGGCCACCAGUUCCGCCUCUGAUAUUUCGGUUUACAAUCGCACUUGUCUCAAAGUCCUACUUGCGGACCGUUUCGCACUGGGGUACGUCCGUCUACUCGAGUCGUACAUUGUCGUUGCAUGGGCUGGAGCAGUGAUCGCGACGGCGUGGCAGAUCAAUGAUGGUUUGUUUUUACACCCUACGCCAAAUCUGACGAACGUUUGGGGGUUGACUUCCUUGGGCUCGAAAGCUGGUGUGGUGUACGGUUUGAGUGUCCUGAGAGGAUGAACCUACUGUACAGGAGUAGGCAGCACGGUCUCCCAAGGUUUGGAAUGAUAGACUUCAUUCUGGGCUACUUUGAGAUUGUACUCCCUCAUUCAAGGAAGGGUAAUUUCGAUCAUUCAUGUUCAGGUCAUACUCCCUAAAUCGAAGAAAGGGCCCACUGAACCAUACAAGAUAGAUAAAAUGGGGCAAUACCAAAGCAUACAUGAUAGGGUCGUAUCCCGACCAUAAUGUGCCCUUGUGGCACAAUUUUACAAUUUGACAUCCGACGAGA